UGUAGUCCCAUCACGCACUCGCCACUACCAGCCGUGACGCUUCGCGAAGCUUCUGAGGUGGCUGCGGCCAUGUUUGGGGGGAGUCGGGCAGCCUUUCUUUCCUAGGGAGAAGUUGCUUGCCCGCUUUCCCUAUGAAGGAGGUGGAUACGGAGUUGCUGCCCUGCAAUUGCUGCAGGCCCUUCACAGGAGGAUUCACCGAGCGGUGGGCAUUCCUUGGAGGGUGCAGAUCCCGUCCCUGCUGCAGUACCUUGAAGGAAAAGAUGAGAGCUCCCUGGACUGUGCAGAAUGGGAGGGCCUCCUGCUGAAGUUCCUGAGAACAUCCCUAGAGACAAUGGAGGACCACACCUGGAUGGUGCACUUGAACGCUGAGUUAACUCAGCAGAUGGCCAAGUAUCCGAACCUUUCCAAGGAGAAGGGUUUCCUGUACAAGGCUGUGGGGACAGCACUGGCAGCUUCUCAGAACGUCAGCUAUGUUCAGGAGCAGAUGCAGAGCUAUUUGGAAGGAAUCCGUUCUCUGGAACCUUCUGAGAGAGAGGGCCCAAUCUCUGUGCUAGCAUGCUGUGCUGAGAGCCACCUUGAUCUUGCCUUGACUGUUGUCCGAGCGUUUGAUGCUGCUGCGCAGAAAAGUAGACUUUCGGGGGUCCUCACCGUCUGGGAGGAGAACGAAGAGGCGAAAAGAGCAAAGAUGUGUGCUGCUCUCAUGCUAGCCUACAGCCGGAUAGCUCUGCACGCUCCCAGAGAGCUGCUUUGUUCCCGAGUCGAGAUGGUCAUCGUGGAAAACAUCCUGUGCCAGUACAGGAGCAGCUCGCAGGACGUAGAGCUCAAGCUGGCCCUGAUCCAGAGCGUCGCCGAAGUCAGCUGUGCCAUUCAAGGUGUCAGCAACGUGAAGAGCUUUAAUUUCUCUUCCAAAAGGGUGCUGCUUGCGAUUCUGCUGGACUUCAUGGAGCAGGAGCCCGUGGGUUGCCCAGCUUCUCCUGUGCCUUGCAAGGCAGUGCUUGCACUUGAGCAUUUGAGCAAGAUCAAGCCGUCCCUGACCCGGGAGGAAAACUGCCAUCUGCUUCGCCAGUGCUCGCAAGGCCUAAUUGCCCUGCCUCCCCUUGAGCCGAGCAGAGAGGAAGGGGAGGCAGCAAAGGAUGCUCAGCAUGGGCAGUCUCUCUAUAGACAAUCCCUGGGAGCUCUCAGUCGGCUCAUGACAACUCUUGAGGAAGACCUGACCUCCUCCUGGCUCCAGGAAACCUUCCAUGUUGCAUGCCACUACUUGCCCUUGGAGCAGGCGAGAGACUUUCUGAAGGCUGUCUCGGGCAGCAUGCUGUCCUUCAGCCCCACUUGUGCAAAUGCAGCAAGAAAGUGGAUGAUGAUCUUUCUGGAGCAACGUGGGAGAGAACUCCUCCCAGAGGUGCCAGAAGUCCUGACAGUCCUUUAUGACCGUCUGCCAGCUUGCCAACAGGACGCCCUGAGAGUUUCUUUGAUGCCGUAUCUCUGCUGGCCUCCUAUCACUCAGAGGCAGUUAAAUUAAUUAAAAGCUAAAUGGCUGUACUGCCCUCCAUUUAGCACUCUAUCACAAACACACUGUUAACAGCAAAAGUGCGGCAGGCUCCCCAAGCCGGCAGAGCGGUAGUGGCAGCAGCGGGAGGACGAGGCGCCUCGAGCUGAG